AUGUCCCACGCAUACAACCAGGCAGUCCAGUUGCUGGAAGAUGCGCGGCUGGGCGCCGAUGCCGCUUCAAAGGCGAGCGCACUCCAGUCUCUGCGAGAGCUGGUGGUGCACGCUCACCCCCAGGAGCUCAUGCCCGCCCUCCUGCCGGAGAUCCUGGAGCUCAGGCUGCAGCCUGAGUCGGCACUGCGCCGCGUCUUGCCCGACGUCAUCGAUGGCGUUCUGCCCACCCUGGACAGCCUGCUGCAGUGCCUGAUGUGCCUGACGGGCCUGCUGGCUGACCCGGUGGCCGCCGUGGUGCGCCGCGCCGCGCAGUCGGCCCACCCGCUGUUCCGCGCAGCGCUGGUGCGUGUGGCGCUCACCCCCCUUGACGCCGAGCCCGCACUGCAGGCGCAGCGGCUGCCGGCCGUGCCUGGGCUCAGCCCCGCGCCCGCGGCCCUCCCGGCCUCGCACGCGGUGCUGACGCGCGCGGGGCUGGCACAGGAGGCAGACGCCGCGGCGCGCGAGGUGGCGGCGGUGGUGCGCACCUGCGAUGCGGCGCCCGGCCCCAUGGCCGAGGCCGCGCUGCGCGCUGCGGGCGCGCUGGCGACGCAGCGCCCGCACUUCAUGCCGCGCCUGGUGCCCGCACUAUUAUCGGUCGCCGCGCGGCAGGCAACGAUGGUGGGCGAGACGGCAACAACAUCGGGGGACGGCGGCACGGCAGCGACCACUGAAAGUGGCACGCCAACGGCCAGGGAUGACGGCAAGUCAGUGACCCUGCCGCCCGCCACCAGGAAGGCGCUGACCGCGGCCCUGGCGCAGGUGCGCCGCUGCACGCACCCGCUGGCGGCGGCCUGGGCCAGGAAGGUGGAUCGGGCCCUGGCCGACCUGGCGGGGGGUGGGGGGACGCAGGACGGUGCUGGCGAGGCGUGUGUGGUUGCCGGCGGGAGAGAUGGGGCGGCGGCAUCCAAGCCAAGCCAGUCGGCGCCGGGUCGGCCGGCAGAGGACCCCCGCCCCCCGCCGGCCAAGCGUCCCUGCACCGAGGACCGGGCCACGGAGCCCGCAGGGCCCGCCUUGCCUGUCGAGAGCCCACGGGCAGACGGUGCGGAGCUGGCGACGAGGGUCGACGAGCUGGUUGCGCGGGGCGACAGCGCCGGCCUGGCGGCGCUGUACGCGUCUCUGGACGCCGAGUCAGCCGCCGAGCUGGCCGACCUCGCUGGGCCCUUCCUGGAGGAGCUGGGCACCGACUUUCAUGCCAGGGGAGGGGUGGAGGCAGUGCUCGACUUCCUGCACGCCGCGUUUGCCGCCGAGGGCCGACAGGACUUGGGUGGUGAGGACGAGGCGGUCACAGAGCGGCAGCAGGGCGACGGCUAUCGUGCCGUCCUUUCCAAGGCCCUGGACCUGGUGCGCCGCGCGCUGCCACCCACCGACCGCUCCCUGAUCAGUGUCCUCCUGUCUGCUCCUGCGCUGCCGGCGGAGCUCUUGCGCGACACCCUCGAGGGCCUGAUGCAGACCGACCUUGAUCACGCCACGCUGGGCCUGCUGGCGGCGCGCGACUUGAUCCUGGCGCGGCCGCCGGCGCGAGAAGUGGCCCUGGCGGCGGUGCUGGCCGCGGCCCACAGCGAGGACGCGGGGGUUAGGGACCGCGCGGUGCGCCUGCUCACCAACCGGCUGUGGGGAUGCCUGGGCGGCCGGCUGCAACCCAAGAUCUUGCGUGAGGCGGAGCGUAGCCUGCGCCAGCUCGUGGUCCGCGAGGACGGCGCGGCGGUGAAGCAGGAAGCCGAUGGCACGGCGGCGGCGCGGGUGCAGCAGGAAGCCGAUGGCGCGGCGGCGGCGCGUGUGAAAGCGGAGGCCACCGAUGGCGCGGCGACGACGUCAGAGGACGCGGGGGUCGAGGCAAGGGCGGACACCGAGGCUACUGCGGUGAAGCGGGAGCUCGGCGAGGGCGCGGCGCCGUCAGUCGAGGGCACGGGGUCCGUCGUCGACCCCGCCGCGGCCUGCGCCCUGUUCUGCGCCCUCUGCACCCGGCAGCCGGGCCUGCUGCCACGCCUGUUCGAGGCCUUUGGCAGCGCAUCUGCUUCUGGCCGAGAGGGCAUCCUGAAGUACGCGGGCGGCCUGGCCACGACGCUGGGGCCCACCUCCCGGGACCUGCUCGGCGCGCUGGCGGACCUGCCGGAGAACUGCAUGGACCUGGCGCUGGGCAUGCUGCACGCGCUGGCCUCGGCCCUGCCCGCCCUGCCCGAGGGCCUGGUCCGCGCCGCGGCCGACCUGGCGCAGGCCUCGUGCGACGCGCGCCCGCUGGUCCCGCUGCUGCGGGGUCUGGGGCGUGAAGGCCUGCUGGCCCGCCUGCCCCUGCUCCUGGGCCUGCCUGGGGCCGAGGCCGGCGCCGCGCUGCGCGGCGCGGCGGCCGACCGCCUGGUCCCGCCCUCCGAGCUGCUGGUCGCGCUGCACGGGCUGGACCCCGUCGCCGUGCCCGGCGGAGUGCGCGCCGUGAUGGCGGCGCUGGGCGACUGCCUGGCCGACCCCGACGCCUUCCCCGCCGAGGCGGUGGCCGGCGCGAUCUCCGCGCUGCUCACGCGCGUGCCGCUGCCGCCGCUGCUCCUGCGCACCGCGCUCCAGGCGCAGGCCUCGGGCCCGGGGCUGGCCGCCUUCGUCGCGCGCACCGUGCUGCCCGCGCUGGCGGAGGGGCGUCUGCGCGCCGCGCGCGCCGAUCUGCCGCCAGCCGUGGCAGAGGGCCUGGCCGCGCACGCGCUCCGUGAGACGCAUGCGCUGCCCCGGGAGACGGUCGCGCUGUUCCGGGAGGGCUGA